UAAAACAAAAAAACCGCAAGUGUUUACGGUGCGGAGGGAGGCGAGCGGAGCGGGUUCCGAACAUGGAGAAGUGGACCGAUGAAGAUGUGCAGGUUCUGCUGAAUAUCUACGCGGAGGAGAACAUUCAGAAGGAGUUCGAGUCCUCAGCCCGGAACGCCAAAGUGUACCAGAAGAUUUCUGCCCGGCUGGGUGAGGUGGGGAUCCGGCACAGCCCGCAGCGCUGCCGCGAGAAGAUCAAGAAGAUGAAGCAGGAUUACAAGAAGAUUAAAGAUUAUAACCGGCUGAACGGAGCGAACCGGCGCAGCGGCAAGUGGUUCGAGCGGCUGGACGCCAUCCUGGGACAGCGGGGGCCGCAGGACUCGGGAUCCGGGGAGAGCGGGGACUGUGUGUCUGUGCUGCUGGAGCCGCUGAGUGAGGGGCGCGCGAGCUUUCUGCACGAGGAGGAGGAGGUGUCCUUCACCGAGGAUGAUCAGUACUCGGAGCUGAGCUUCGACUCCCCUGCAGCCCCCAGCAGGCCCACCUACUGCCCACCUGCUCAGCCACACCUCCGAGCUCCACAUCCAGGGAAGAGGAAGCGGGACGGGGACGUGCUGGAGGUGCUGAGGCAGCUGGAGGACGAGCAGAUGGAGUGUCUGAGGCGGGAUUACGAGCAGAGGGAGCGUCACUUCCAGCUGCUGCUGCAGCACAUUAAGGACGAGUUCUCCGUGCGACAGGAGGAAGCGGCUCAGGCCAGACGGCAGCAGAGGGAGUUUCAGCAGGCCGUUCUGACGCUCCUCACUCAGCUUGUCCACGCCCUCAACGGCAGAACCGCCCCCUCGUCCCCGCCCCUCGACUAGCAUCUCUCUCUCUCUCUCUCUCUCUCUCUCUCUCUCCACGUUUUCAUGUCAAAUUAUUUUAUUUUUGAGUUCUUUUUCUUCAUUUUGUUUAAUCGCACUUUAAAUGUAACCUUCAGUCUUUACUGUUGUGAUUCAGGAGCAGGAUGUUCUUUACACUUUAUUCUAUUAUUGUAAUAUAUUCUAAUUAAACUGACUUCAGCUUUUA